GCGAGUCCAAGUUUCGCCAUGUGCACUCUUGCGUUCUUCGCCGUCGCGGUCCUGGCCGCGGCCACCGUGGCCGCGCCCGGGCGCGCGCCCUCCGGACAGCUCGUCGGCCAGGUCGGCGACGCCCUGCUCCAGGCCGAGCUGAGGGCGUGGAAGGCCGCCGGGCAGCCGGACUUCGUGCACUUCCCCGACGACAAGGGGGAGCCCGUGCUGGCCGCCAUCGUGGGGGACCAGUCCGUCAAGAGCGUCAAGGGCUUCCUUCCCACCGCGGACGACAUCAAGUUCCACCUGUUCACGCAGCAGAACGACACUGACCUCUUCGGCCAGGAGUUCGAUCUGAACGUGACCAGCCUGCUGGCCGCCGGCUUCAACACCCGCCUCCCCACCAAGGUCAUCACCCACGGCUUCACCAACACCAUCGAGUCGCCCAUCAUCCAGGAGAUCAAGAACGCCUACCUCGGCUCCGGCGCCUUCAACGUGAUCGGCGUGGACUGGGGCGCGCUCUGCCCGGCGCCGCUCUACUUCACGUCGCGCGUGCACGUCCCCGUGGCCGGCACCCGCGUCGGCGAGAUGCUCACCGUCAUGGUGCAGGGCGGCAUCCUGGACACGGACGACCUGCACCUCAUCGGCCACAGCCUCGGCGCCCACGUGUCCGGCCUGGCCGGCAAGAAGCUGUUCCAGGACACCGGCAAGCGCCCCAAGAGGAUCACAGGCCUCGACCCGGCCUACCCGCUCUUCAUCGUGACGCCCGAGGAGAACCGCCUCUACAAGGGGGACGCCGACACCGUGGACGUGAUCCACACCUGCGCCGGCUUCCUGGGCUUCUCGGACGCGCUCGGCACCAGCGACUUCUUCCCCAACGGCGGCAGCGACCAGCCCGGCUGCGGCGUGGACCUCACGGGUGUUUGCUCACACGCUAGGUCGUAUAAAUACUUCGCGGAGUCGAUAGUCGAAGGCAAGGGCUAUCAGGCAGUCUACUGCGAGUCUGAUAAGGAUGCCUGGAAUGGAGCAUGCACAACUCAAGAAGACGGAUGCAUGGGUGAAAAAGUCUAUUUCAAGGAAACAGGAUCUUACUAUUUGACUACUUCUGAAAAUGCUGGACCAACACUGGAAUGCCAACUGUCACAGUAGACAGAAUAGAAGAGAUAAAAUGAAUGAUCUUAGGUCAGAAUGAAAUUUAAUUUCACCUUGGAAUAAAGUUUUCUUAACUAAUGA